AUGAUUCAAACCAAGAACUAUACUGGCUUUUACAAGAACGAGAUCCCAAAAUUCGUCCCAAUCGCUCCCAUCAUAGAUCAAGAAAUGGAUUGCACAGUGCGAAAAUAUAAUUACAAAAAUAAUUCCGGACAAGCAGCAUCGAUUGCGAGGCGCAAUGCAAGAGAGAGGAAUCGCGUUAAACAAGUUAAUGACGGUUUUAACGCUUUAAGGAAAAGAUUACCCGCUGCCGUUGUGAAUGCAUUAUCUGGAGGCGCUCGUCGAGGAUCCGGCAAGAAAUUGAGCAAAGUCGAUACAUUACGAAUGGUAGUUGAGUACAUAAGAUAUUUGGAGAAUUUAAUCGAAGAAAGUGAUGCUUCAUUGGGAGUUACCAAAGAAAAUCUUGAUCAAUCUGCAAUUGAUGAGGGAAUAUUUGGAAGAACAUCACCGUACUCUGACUCUGUCCCAUCGCCUGCUAACUCUGAAUGUUCAUCGGGUGUGUCGUCAAGCUAUUCAAAUGAUCAUUACCAAAUUAAUACUCACAAUAAUUACUAUAGUGAAGUAAACGCAGUAAAUGAUAGUGAAUUAUUAGAUGCAAUUUCUUGGUGGCAGCAAAAGUAA